AACAUGUUUGUCUCCGUGGAUAAUGCAACAAAUACAUUCUUCUCAGAUAAUCCCUAUUAUUUCUACAAUGACCCCAAGUCGCCGACAACACCCGACUCACAAAGUUCCAGUAAAGGUUUUUCGAUAUUCAAGCGUCGUAAUUCCAAAGGAACUAGUCCAAAAGUUUCAAUACCGGAACAAACACGAUUAAUUACAUCGGCAAAUCUAGAUACGACAGCCACACUGACGCUGGGUAGCCCAAGAGGGCAAUUUGGUUUUCCACAUCCACAAAUCACCGCUUCUUCACUGCACCAACGACGUCAACGUUCGGCUAGUUCACAUUCGGAAACAUGCCGUGAACGUUUGGGCUCCUGCAGUGAGGCAUCCACACCCAAUCAUAGUUUUGAUCAUGAUGAUUGUUUCAGUGGUCCCCUAUCACCAAGCAAACAUCACCAUUCACAUCAUCAUACAUUGCCAACAGCUGGCGGACGACGUCAUUCAUUUAGCAAUUGGCGUCAUGCUAGCGAUCGUCAUGCCUCGACAUCGUCACAUCAUAAAAAUGUUGCUGCCAAUAAUAUAACAACAACCGAUGAAGUGCCACAAAUGAUGGCACCACGACCACCGGUUAUAUCGCCAAAUAAAUAUCGUGGUGGUGGUAGUUCACAUAGAAGACGUGACAACUGUGGAACAAUGAACAGCAGCAUGAGCAGCAGCUCCGCUGGUUCGGCAGCCUACAACAUGGACGAUAUUCUGAUUGUAACGGCCAAGCACAGUGAAAGGGCAAUAUUGAGAGCGAAUUUCUUGAAGAAUCAUUUCGAUAAAAUCACCAAACAACGUGGACGCAAACCUUUUAACUUUUUGCACAUCAAAAUCGAAGAUGGUCCCUUUAGUGAAGAAAUUGCUUAUAAAUAUCAAAAUACCGCCUUACAAAUUAUCAUUUUGUGUCCAGCUCUAUUGGCUCUAUCCCAUUCGCUGUUGAUGUCCCAGCUUUUAAGCAUCAUACGGGUUGAAAAAGUUUUGGGUAUUCUAUUGGAUGUUACUGAGGAAAAAGUCAAGGAAAUACAUAAGUCGGCUCUUCCCAACUACUUGAGGUGGCGUCGUUGUGUCAUCCGCGACAAUGAUCAAGCUCAGAUAAGUAACAUUUUGGGUAUUGCCACGGAUAUUUUGGGCCGUGCCUUGUGCCAACGCCCGGUCUGUCACGAUUCGGGUUCUAGUAUUUCACGCAGUAUUUCCUCAUGUUCGGAUGGUUUUACAAUUCUUCCCAAGAAAGUUAAGAUUGGCCAGAAUAAAGUUGUCGCCAUGUUGAAUGAGGGUUUGGAAAAGGAUGAUAUGCUGAAAAUUGUUGUGGAAAAAUCAGGGGAAUUAAUUGAAAUACGUAAUUUCAAAUGUCGCAACCCCUAUACCGUGCAGUUCGCUAUACCAGAAUCUUGCAUGGAAAUUUCCACAAUGGUUGAGGUACGCAUCGAAAAGAAUCACAAAAGUUUGGGUGCCCGCCCAAUAAAAU